AUGCAUAUUUGGGGCAAAUAUUAUCAUCUCCUCCAAGAUAUUAUUUAUCCAAAUAUUUAAUGGGCUGGCAUCUCGAUUCAUCUAAUAACUUCAAUGCAUCUAGAAGAUUCGGCCCGCUAAUCCAAUAUCAAACCCCUCCUGUCCUUGGUUGGGCACUUGAUGGUCAAGAACUCAAGAUGCACCCAUAUCAAAACGAAAUGCAGUCGCUGGCCAGCCCUUUCUUCUCUUUUCCAAGCUGCCGCCGCCACUCCUCUCUGUUCCUUUGUUCCCUUCGUUGUUCUCCACAAGAAGCACAACAGCUAGCUUCUUCCACCCAUCUCUCUCUACUACCAUCCAAAUCCAAUCCAAGCAGCAGCUAGCCACCUACAUGCCCCUUUCUCUUCUCUAAUUUCAAGCUCCCAUAUUCUUCCCGGUCGAGCAACAAAAUCUACACAAAUCCAAUCUGCUCCCUUUCACCGAGCAAAGAUCUGCAGCUGCAAGUCAUCCAAGUCUAGCCGAGCUCCACCUGAAUCGAGCAUAGCGCAUCCACGAGUGACACGACUCCAUCUGCUGGGCCACGGCGAGGGAGACUCAGCUGCGCUGAUGGCGGUCGGCCGCAGUCCCUAUCUCCGUCAGGCUGGACCGCCGCCCGCCAGUACUUGCCGCCCAACCUUCUUCUCGGCUUCCCCAGUCAGCUCCUCCACCUCUGAUCUCUCCCCUCUGUGGUCUUGAUUUUUGCAAGAUAUAUGGGUUUAGUAUUUGAUUUGAUUCGGUAUUUGAGGAGAAAAUAGAUUGGAGGUGGAGAUGGGCCGAUGUUGCCGCGCACCAGUUCCGACGCGAGGCGCUGGCGUGGGGCGGUGGCCGUGGAAAAAAAGGGAAGAGAAACGGGCUGUGGAUGAAAGAGCGAACGGUUCGGCCCAUGAGUAAAAUAAAGUCCAAGUCCAAAACAGGCCAAUGAAUCAAUCCUUGCUUUAGAAAUAGGUAAAGAUAAGAAUAAGGAUAUAAUCAGUAUGGAUAAAAGAAAACCCCUCCUGUUCCUUAAAAAAACCAAGAACUCCGCAGCUUCGUACCCGGCAUACAUGAAGGAGUACUGCAAGCACAUAUCAGUUCCCGUCCAUGACGCACUGACGAGGGUAAGCACUAAGCACUUAAGCAGUGCCCAUCGAAUGGCACCAAAUCAAGCGGCAUGUAAGAAAAUCCAUAAAUCUGGAUAAGUUAUCGCUCGAGGCUAGGAUCAGUAUGGCGUGGACUGAACUGAUCAAUGGCAGCAAUAGCAGUUUCAAAUCAGUCGGAGGAGGGAGGACCGCCGCCGACGAAGACGCGGAAAUACGAGGAGGAUGUCUGGCCAGUCCGUGAGGCCUUGCCGGCCAAACCCACGAACACGCGCUGCCGGACACCCCCUGCUACCGUCAUCUGCCGCAGAGCGUCCCCGCCAAACCCAGGCCCCAGCAAAUCGCCGCUUCGUCGCCGGAUCGAGGAAGGGGAUAAUGGAGGGGGAGUGCGGAGGAGAACCGGGGGAGGAGUGGAGGUCCGCUCGCCAUGUUGAGGCGGCGUCGCCGUCGCCGGACGGGCGGAUGCGCGGGGCUGCGAGCCGGUGGUUUUCUGAAGAAGUGUAUAGGGUGUUAUGUGUAAAUCGAGAUCCAAACGUUUACAUAAAACCCCAUGAAUUGGAUCGCGAUCCAUAAUCGCGGUCCGAUUUAGGGGGUUUGUGUAAAUAUACGAUCCGGUUUAGGGGGUUUUAUGUAAAUAUUCGGGUUUUGCAAACUGUGCCUGCCUCCGCUGCUGCUCGCUGGCCCGCCAUCGCCAUAUCCUCUGCCGCUGUCGUCCAAGCCCUCAAGUCCGUGAUGGGGCGGCCGCAGCAAACGCUGGCGGUGGCCGUGAGCAGGUCUGGCGUGGGGCUCCACUCCGGCCCGCGCGUCACUGCCACGCUAAUCCCGACUCACGCCGGCGAGGGUAGGUAUUUUCUGGUGGGCGGUGCGGAGGAGGCGAGGUUGGCGGCGGAGGUGGGGAACGCCGAGCCACGGUCAUGUCGUGCACUAUUUCUCUGUCUGUUCUUCCCCCUUCCUCUGCUUCUUUGAUUUGCUUCUUUCCCUACCCUGAUUCUAUCUCAAUCCUGUAUCGAUUCGUCGUAGUGUACCCGGACAAUACAGCCCGCGGGUCUGCACGGUGGUCGGUGGAACACCUUCUCUCCGCAAUGGAGGCGCUCGGCGUCGACAAUUGCCGCGUCGAUGUCAGCGGCGGGACGAGGUCCGUCGACGUUUGCUCCGUUGCCACCUCGUUUCAGCUCCCAACUGCCAAUUAGUCACUGGUACUUUAGUUGCGUAAGUGUGAGCUUUCGAUGUUUGAUUCCUACGCAACUAAGGUAAGCACUCUUUUUGCUUCAACUUCUUUUCCAGCAUAACGGUUCCCGCUUGGCUCAGACACUGGGCAAUGAUUUACGCAAGAAAUUAGUUCAACUAACGUUUCAUCAAUUGGUAUGUUUUGAGAAUGGUGAUCAGCUUGCGAUGCGGCUUAUUUCUGCACUCAUGGAGGUAAUACUGUCAGCCUCCCUUUCCUUACUCUGCCAAUAUGAAAACGGGGAAAUUACAAGUGCAACAUUCGUGUUCAAAAUUUCUCAACUGUUUGAAUUUAGGUCUGUAAUUUUAUAUGAUUUUUGCAGUACUAUAUAUAUUGGCCCAGAGGACAGAGGAACUGUUGAGGAAAUCAGUACUAAGUUGAGGAAGGGUUCCCCUAGUUACUUCAAUGAGUCAGACUACAAAUAUUACUUGGCAGUGGAAUGCCUUGAGAGACCAUCUAUGACUAAUAACCCUUUUUUUGAAAGAAAAUGAUUAAUAACCCUAAUAAAAGAGAUAUUCUUGCUAGAGAUGCCUUCAACCUCUCAACUAAGAUUCUAGACUGCUGAAUUUGAGUGCCAUAUGCAAGAGAUUUGAGAACCUAAGGUUAAUCACUUGCUGUGGUAUUUUUCAGCCUAAAAUAUAUCAAUCUUGAUAACGUUUUUUUCAUAUCCGCUAGCUGAUUAUUUUUAUUUGUGUUGUGUGGGGGGUUCAGAUUUUAUGAGGCUGUAGUCCUGUUGCCUCUGGAGAAAUCUCAAGCACUUGAACCUGACUCCAAUGCCGAUGUUAUCAAUAGUCAAAUUGAUCAAAGGCACCAUGAUAUGAUAAUGUUGCAGCGUGAAUAGUACUAUGAGAUAGUUAUGAAUGCUCUACGCACCCUCAAGGGUGUUGGGAAAAGUGGAAUGCAUGGUUCAGAUAACUCAUCGGGUUUAGCAACUGCUGUUGAUCCAGCUUCUGGAAGCGAGUAUAUCAAUCAAACAGAUCAUCCAACUUAGUGUCCAAUGUCUGGACACAGUUUUCCAUGAGCAUCUAUAGAGGACACUGAUCGAGCUCGGUCUAGAAAAUGAGCUUUUGGAGUAUGGUGGUUCUAAUUUGGUUUCUCUGCAGAGUGUUAAUCAUAUGCAUCCAGAAGAGAAUGGAAGCUGGAAGGAUGUACAGAUUGUGCUGCACCAGAUAGUGAAUCUUGUCCACAACUGGAAGCUGCUGUGCCCUGCGGGGAGCCUGCAAGAGCUAGAGCUUAUGCUAGAAAAGCUGAGAUACUUGACAAGUCAACCUGGCAGUUAGCAAUGUAGCAGGAGAGUUACAUAAGGAUCUCCUGAACUUCCAGAUGGAGACUGGAGAUGAAACCAAGAACCAAGGCGGCACCAUCCAGCUGAACAAAAGGAGGAGAGUGAGAACUGAAGUGCUUCUCAAAUCAUCAAGCCAUCCAUUCCCUCGUUACAGCAUUCUUGCUGAUACAGAGACUGCUAAAGCUGCUAAGGCAAAAGAGGUUUCAUUGAAUCUCAAGGGUAUCACUCAACUAUAUAAUGACUAUGCUGUUCCAUUUAAUCUCUGGGAGCGAAGCAGCCCAGGCCGUCAAAGCCUAACAAGCCGUCAACCCUUGUAAUCAGCCCGUGUACUUCAUCUCGUCUCGCGCCGCCAGAGCCUCCAGGAGAGGCCAAGCCGCACGCUGCGCCGCCGCUCCACUCCAUCCCCAACUCCCCCAUUUCCGUCUAGGUCGUCUCCCGCGGCGCGCCCGUCCGAUUCAGCUCACAAGUCACAGCCCACAGUAGCAGCAGCCGGAGAAGGGGAGAGAAGCGCGCCUCUGCUGUUCCGCUCGAGCUCGCGCCGUCAAUCGAUGGCGAUGGCCCAGAGAUGGUGCUUGAUUGAUUGAGUUGGAACAAGGGAAGUCUUCCGGGGUCUUUUGAAUUUGCGGUCGAUACUGCUAUCUGCAGCAGAACAAAUGAGCUUUCGGGUGCUAGAUUUACUUACAAAAGUUCAACGAAAUGCCUUUCUUCUGAUGGUUUGAUCCUGCGUUGCCUGCGUUCGCGUUCAGCAUUCAAAAGCUUCUUGUCCCCUUUGGUUCUACGAAAGGAGCCGAGCCGAGCUGAGGUUUUAGCUCGUUUUGUUAACGAGCCGAGCCAGCUCGUUAACGAGCUAGACCGAGCUGAGCAGUGCCUCCGCUGCUGCUCGCUGCCCCGCCGUCGCCAUGUCCUCCUCCGCCGCCCGAGCCCUCAAGUCCGUCUCCCGCGCUGCCUUCUCCUGGAAGCCGACGGGACGGCCGCAGCAAACGCUGGCGGCGACCGUGAGCAGGUCUGGCGUGGGCCUCCACUCGGGCGCGCGCGUCACAUCCACGCUAAUCCCGACGCACGCCGGCGAGGGUAGGUAUUUCCUCGUGGACGGCGAGGAGGCGAGGGUGGCGGCGGAGGUGGGGAACGCCGAGCCACGGUCGCAGCUCUGCACGACGCUUCGGCGGGGCGAAGGCGGGGGCCCGCGGGUCCGCACGGUGGAGCACCUUCUCUCCGCGAUGGAGGCGCUCGGCGUCGACAAUUGCCGCGUCGAGGUCAGCGGUGGCGACGAGGUGCGUCGACGUUUGAUCUGUUGCCACUUCGUUCUAGCUCCCAACUGGCAAUUUGUUACUGCACAAGAGUGGGUAGAGGCAAUACGAAGUGCAGGUUUGUGUGCGGCAGAGGAUACAAGUGGCCAAAACUUGGAGAAACUGGCCCCCCAAAUUCAUGAACCUGUUUACUUGCAGAGAGAUGAUUGCUUCGUAGCUGCAUUCCCUAGCUCACGAAUCCGCAUCAGCUAUGGAAUUGAUUUCCCAAAGGUGCCAGCAAUUGGGUGUCAAUGGUUUUUUACAUACCUGGAUGCUAAUAUAUACUCAAGCGAGAUUGCUCCGGCAAGAACUUUCUGUAUAUUUGAAGAGAUCGAAAAAAUGCGUGGUUCUGGGCUCAUCAAAGGAGGGUCACUAGAAAAUGCUAUGGUUUGCAGCAUGUCUGGUGGCUGGCUAAAUCCACCGCUGCGGUUUGAAGAUGAACCUUGCCGUCACAAGAUUUUAGAUCUUAUAGGUGACUUCUCGCUUCUUGCACAGAAUGGUAACCAGGGUUUCCCAAUUGCUCAUAUAGUUGCCUAUAAGGCUGGUCAUGCGCUGCACACUAAUUUCCUGAGCCAUCUGUCUGGAAAGAUCACUAUGGACCAAGAAGAGCUUGCUGGACAAUGCUGAAAUGCACGGCUCCUAUUCGUUGUAGUAAGUUGUUGGUAGUGGUUAGAAAGCUACAGUUCAGGGUAAGCACCUGAUGACCCUCGUUUCAACACUUGAGCAUUCUAUUAGGAGAAUUUCCUUCAGGUUCAUAGGCUGUGUCAGCCAACUGUUUGGUGUUUGCCUUGUAGAAAAACCAUUUUGCCGAGCUGUGUACAAAUUGUUAAACUUUAGACCAUAUAAGUUUGCAGACA